AUGAGGCCAUGACUGGGACACAGGUGCUGCUAGUGAGCCUCUUCCUCUCCCCCUACAUGCUCUUCAGUGCCAACAGCAGACAUGUUGUUUCAAGCAAUAAUGAAAGCCCUCACCAAUCCAUCCGUAUGCUGCGGAGUCUGGAAAGCGUCAUGGAUAAAUACAGAGAGCUGAUUACCUCUUUUAAAACUCACGGAAAUAUUGAUAAUUCUACAGAGGUGGAGACUACAUUCAUAUAUUCAUGCCUGGAUUUGGACGAGAAGGCGAAGACCAUGGACGUUAUGGUCAAGACGCAGAGAACUAAAAUCAAAGAAUUGGAAAAUAACUAUUUCAACACGAGGAAGGAGCUCCGGGAGGAGAUUGUGAAUAACAGACAAAGCGAAGGAAUGCUUUCCCUUCGCAUUCAUGAAAUGCAGGUCAAGUUAAAUGGCUGGAUAGAUCAAUUAGACACCAAAACACUCUCUAUUGGAAAGUUAACCCUCCAGACCUUGCUAAAGUACACUGAGUCUAAAGAUUUGGAGAGAAAGAUUUCCAGAGAGAAGGAUAAAGAAAAGAAAAAUGAUUUAAAAAAACAGCUAACCAAAAAGAAGGAGGAACUUCAGUUUGCUGAACAGGAGCUCCUUGCUGCAGGUGGAUCCUCUAUACUGGUUAUGCAAAUAAUUACACUGCGGGAGAAGAUUCGUGAGCUGGAGAACAAAGAGACGGAUGACACAGAAGAACAAAUAGCUGCAUUGAGGCAAGAGCUGAAGGACAAGCUGAAGGAAUUGGAGGGGAGUCCUGAUGAGAGCUCUACAAUGGUCACAGAAAUCACUACAUUGCAAAAUGAGAUUUUGCAGAUAUACAUCAGGCUGCAGAAAUUCAAACAGGAGUCUAAAAAUACAGUUUCUGAACUAAAAAAACAGCUGGAAAAGAAAAACAGUCAACUGAAACAGUUGCGUGAAUCCUCUGAUUCCUCCACAUCUAAACAAAUCAUUAUCAUUGAGAAAGAGGUACAUGUGAUAGAGAGUAAAAUAGAAGCUCAACAGAAGAUAACAGAGGACCAGAACAAAGAGUUACAGAAGGCCAUAAAGAACAAAAAUGACCAAUUGAUGGAAAAAGUCACUGAGCUCCAGGAGGUCCACAAUACUGACUAUAAACUCAUUCUGAAGAUCAUCACUCAGCAGUUCCAGAUUGGUGAGAUGCAAGCAACUGAAUGUACUGGACAGAAAGAUACAAAAAGCAUUCUUGUUGACAUCCAGAAGAAACUGAGUGUCAAAGAGGAGGAGAUCCUGAAACUUGAAGCCAAGAACAAAAGACUUCAGCAGCAGCUGCAAGACAUGUCUUUCGAGUGCUCAACUGUGCUGGAAAAGUUAAAAAAUCUGGAAGCAUCACUGGAAAAGAACAUACAAAAGAUAGAGGGUGACCUGAAGCCUCUUCUGGAGCUGGUCGCACUGAAAAUCAACAGGCAACAGAUCAAAAUGAGCAUCAUGGCAGAGAAAUCUGCCUCCAAGAUCGCUGGACUCACACAGCAACUGAAGGAGAAAGAGAGAGAAAUCAAACAGAAGGUUCAAGAGUUAAUGGCGGAAGGCUUGGAAGGUUCUGAGGAAGCAGUCAAAAUAAUCACUCUUCUGAUGGAGAUAUGGGAGCUUCAGACCGGUGUUGAGAGCGAGACCACCCUAGACCGCAUUUACAAACUCCAGAAUGAAGUGAAUCGUCUUAUUGUUAGCCUGCAGGGUUCCGCCGAACGCAAGCUAUUGCUGGUAAUCUUGGCAGCGCAGACAGACCAGACCAGGAUCAAAAGACUGAAAAUCAUUAUCAGUCAGAAAUAUGAAGUGGAACUCGCAGCUUUAAACAUCAGACUGGAAAAGUCAGAGCUGGUGCUCAGCUCCAAGAAGUUAGAAGUGGCAGACAAGGACAGAGACCUUGCCAAACUUGGAAAGGAAAUAAAAGCUUUGCAGAGUGAAAUCGACAGACUGAAGGAAACAAUUGAAAAACUGAAGAAAACAACUAGUGCCCGCAUUAAAGACCUGGAGGGGCAGUUGAAGAUCAGAGACAGACAGCUGGAGGACAAAACUAAUGAGUUGAAAAUGGCUGAUAAGAAGAGUGGAGAACUUGUUAUCCAAGUAACUGAACUGGUUGAAAAAAUCAAGCAGACGGAGAUUACCACCCAUGAGAAAGACCAGGUGUUGGCCACCAAAAUCUCCAAGCUGGAAGAACGGCUAGAAACCCUGAGCAAAGAAAACUCUGAAUGCGAAAACAAGAACACAGCUCUGCAGCAAGAGAAUGAAAAGUGCUCUAGACUGCAGGAGCAAUAUGUUGAACUUCAGAAGAAAACUGAUAAAUUGAUGCAGAAUGUCGACGGCAGCUGUAAAUUCAUAUUGCAGAUCAAUCAGUUGACUAUCGACAUUGAAAACCUUCGGAGGAGUAUUGCUCAAAAACCUGACAACAUUGCAGAGUUAGAGAAGUUGCUGAAAGAGAAGCUUAAAGAAAUGGAUAAACUAAAGAGAGAGAAAUCCCCUGGAUCUGCAGAAAUCAUAAAGAUUGUUGAAGUCAUCACAACACUACACAAGGAAACUGGUGAAACCAUCGACAAGCAUUUACAGCGUAUCAAUGAGUUGCAGGUGUUGGUCGACAGUCUGAAGAAUAAACUGAAAGACAAAACUGAUGAGAAUACCCAUCUCGUCACACAAAUCUUAAUCCAGAAGGCAACUGAGACGAUGUUAACCAAAGAGAUUGCAACUCUGAAGAAAGAGUAUGCUACUAAAAUCAAAGGUCUACAGAAUACAGUGAAAGAAAAAGAAAAUCAGCUUGAGAAAGAGAAAUCCAAGUGUCAUAAGCUGGCUGCACGGAUAGAAGAAUUGGAGCAAGAACUCUCAAAAUCACAGACCGACCUGUCCAAUUACAACAAGACCUAUGCUGCCAAAAUUGCAGAGCUGGAGGAGAAACUUAAGAUGAUCACUCAAAAGCUACAGGAUGCCAUUGCAAAACUGAAGGCAGUGGACAAGGAGAAUGCUGAGCAUGUCCUGAAGAUCACUCAACUGCAGACUGAAAUGACAGCUAUUGCAAAUAAGGCGGUUACUGAAAAUGAAGUUCUGAAUAAUGAAAUUGCAGCUCUAAAGAAACAGCUCAGUGUGUGCACAGGACAGAACACCAAACUGACCCACACCAUCAUAGAACUGAAGAUAAAUGAGGAAACGAUAAUCAAACAGUGCAGUCUCGUCAAUGACACGUUCGUUGAGCUGAAGAAGGAGUUUGACCAAACAAUAACUAAAGUUGAUGAGACUUCCCAACUGAUUUUCAGGAUGAAUAUAUUGAUUUCGGAAAUAGAGGAGCUGCAGAAGAAGCUUGAGGGGAUGACAGGCGAUAAGACGGAACUGGAAACAGAGCUGAAGUCUAAAACUGAACAACUGGAAAGAGUGGAGCAACAGCUGGGAGUGAAAAAUAGAAUGGACUCCAAAAAGAUCAAGAAUAUUUUAAGUAUCAUAAUCCAGAAAGGGAAAACUAUGGAGGAAAGCAACGAGAGAUAUUUGCAACAGAUUGAUGAACUAGAGAAUGAGCUGAAUGAAAUGAUUGAUAGGUUCAAGGGAAAAGAAGAUGAAAACACAAAACUAUUGAUCAAGAUAAUGUCCUUAGAAGAGGAUGUGACCUCUUUGCAGAGGAGAAUAUCGAAAACUAAGCAAGAGUCCACCAAAAGGAUCAAGGAAAUUCAGACACAACUGGAUCAGAAAUACAAAGAGAUCAAAGACGUGAAAGCAAUGAACUGUGGAAACAUGAAGGAAAGGGUUGCAGAAUUGGAGAAGGAGGCCAAAAAACUGGAGUUGGAUUUAGCCAAGGAAAAACAGACUGCAGAGAACGAGAUCAAAGAGCUGGAGAAACGCCUUACGGAGAAGAAAAAGCAACUGCAAAUUAACAGCCAGAAACUGAUAAGUGUGGACAGUGAAAACGGAGAACUAAAGUUGAAGCUAGUCGCUAUGGAGACUGAAAUGACCACAGUUAUAUCUGGGUCCAAAGACUUGGAAGAGAGAUCAGCUGUCAUAAUCAAGAGCCUGAAAGAAAAGUUGAAAGUCAAAGUGGAGGAAAAUGACCAACUGCAAAACACAGUUACAGCCCUGGAGCAAAGCAAGAAGGAAAUAGAGGGAAGCUGUACAACUAUCAAAAAACAAUACACAGAUCUGAAGACAAAAUUUGAUGAAAACAUGAAUAAAAUGGAAGACAUCCCAAAAUUAAUUCUCAGGAUCAACAUGCUGAGCAGUACAAUUGCAAGACUGCAGUUGGAGAUGAAGAACCUCUCAGGAGAUAAGACAGAACUCAGGAAGGAACUGGAGGCGAAAAUGAUAGAACUGAAGAAAGCGGAAGAAGAACUUGGAGCAAAGAGCCCAGCUGCAACACAAAUAAAAGAGCUCAUUGCUGUUAUACACACAACAUCUUCAAGCACAGCAGAGAACAAUGAAGAGUAUUUAAAACGUAUCACUGCACUGGAGGACGAAUUGGAUGAAAAGAUUGCUGCCCUGCAAGGCAAAGAAUCAGAAAAGAUUCAAACAAUGAUCACGGUUAUGAAACAGCAGAACGAAAUCGCCAUGCUGAAAGACAGGUUAUCCAAAGUCAAAAAGGAAGCUUCCAAAGAGAUUGCAGUAAUUAAGGAUCAGCUGGCGAAGAAGCGACAAGAGAUUAAUAAAAUGAUAAUUGACAACUGUGGUGGAGCUGGCAAACGGAAGGAGGAAAUUGCUGCUUUGGAGUUAGAGGCUAGCGCUUUGGAGGCCAAAUUGACAAAACUCCAACAAUCCAAAGACAAAGAGAUUGCAGAAUUGAUGAAACGCCUUCAGAAGGUGGAGGGAGACCUGGACAGCAGUAGUGAUAAACUGCAGAGUUUGGAUAAGGAACGUGGAAAACUGAUUACUAAGAUGAUUGCAAUGCAGGAUAAAAUGGAUCAACUCAUAAGUAAUGACAAAGACCUGAAAGAGAAGACGUCAGAAGUGAUAGCUGACCUUAACAAACAGAACAGUAUAAAAGAUGAAGAGAUUGCCAAACUCAAAGCAGAAAAUGAAGCCUCAGAGAAAAGUAAACAGGAAGUGAUUAACAGCUGUGCCACUGUUAAGCAGCAAUACACAGAGCUGAAGACAAAGGCAGACAAAAACAUUAAACAAAUCGAAGGCAUUCCAAGAUUAAUUCUUCAGAUCAACAGACUGAGCGCUGACGCUGAGAGACUAAGGAAAGCCAUAGAGCACCACACUGGAGAUAAGACAGAACUGAUGAUGGAAUUGGAGAAGACAAAGGAAGAACUAAAAAAAGUAGAAGAGGAACUUGGACUGAAGAGUCCAGCAGCCACACAAAUUAAAGAGCUAAUAGCUGUAAUUAGAGAAAAAGCUGCAUUGAAGCCUGAGGACAACGAGGAGUAUAGAAACCGCAUAGCUGAGCUAGAGGCCGAGCUGGAUGAAAAGAUUGUUGAGCUGCAAGGAAAAGAAUCAGAAAAAAUCCAAGCAAUGAUCAAGGUGAUGCAACAACAGGACGAAAUCACCCAACUGAAGGACAGGUUAUCCAAAGUCAAAAAGGAUACUUCGAAAAAGAUUACUGAGUUGGACACUGCGUUACAGAAGAAGCGCCAAGAGAUUAAUGCAAUGAAAGCUGAAGACUGUAAAACAGGAAAAUUUAAGGUGGAAAUAGAUGCUUUGGAAAGAGAAGCCGCAGAUUUGGAGUCUAAACUGAAACAGCUGAAACAGUCCUCAGAAAACAAGAUUGCUGACUUGAUGAGACGCCUUAUACAAAAGGAGGACGAGAUCAAAGCCAGCAGCGGGAAACUGGAGACUUUAGACAAAAAAUAUGGCACACUAACUGUAAAGGCCAUUGAAAUGGAAAAUAAAAUGAAUACACUCUUAAAUGAUGACAAAGACCUCCAAGAGAAGACAGCGGAUGAAAUAGCUGAUCUUAAGAAACAACUUCAAGAGAAAGACAAAGAGAAUGCAAAACUAAAGGCUGAAAAUGACGAGCUUAGGGGAAGUGCUAAAGAAGAGGCUAAAGACUGUGCCCAGCUCAGAGUACAGCACGAAGACAUGAAGAAGCAGUUGAACAGAAAAGAUGAAGACAUUGCCACGCUGGAGAGUGCAAAGGGAAAGGUUUUAGGUCUACUUAAAGAAAAGGAGGCUGCACUCAAAGCACAACAGGAGAAAGCCAAUGCUUUGGAGGCGGAGAAAAAACAACUUCAGCAAUCAUUAAAGAAAAAAGAAGAGGUAACCAAAGAGCUACAGAAAAAAGUUGAUGAUUUUGUGAAACAGAUUGCAGCAGAAAACGCAGUCCACAUUUCUCAGCCAGCCAUAGACCCUGACACAGCUCACCCAAAACUGCAGCUGUCGCACAGUAACACUCAAAUGAAACUCCUACAGACAGCACUCAAUGUGCCAGAAGGCCCAGCACGCUACAAUCAUGUUAUAGGGGCUCUGGCUAGCACUGGGUUUGAUAAAGGCAGGCAGUACUGGGAGGUUGGUGUGGCUGGAAAACCUUGUUACAUCUUAGGGGUAGCUGGUGAAACUGCUCCAAGAGAAGGAGCCAUAACGUUUGACCCCAAGAAUCAGUACUGGACCCUGAUGUUGACAAGAACUGAUAUUCUCAGUACAGCUCAAAGAAAGAAAACUAAGCUGAGAGAGGUGGGGCAAGCCAAGCCAAGAAAGAUUGGAGUGCUGAUAGAUUUCAAAAAGAAAGAAAUUGCCUUUUAUGACGCAGGGACUAAAGCUCUCUUGCACACAUUCAGUAACAUAGAAGUGAAGUCAAAACUCUUUCCCUUUAUGAGCACAUGUGAGGACACUGAGGAGGGUUCACCUCCAAUGGUGUUCAAUGCAGUCGCCUCUGUUGAUUGGCUGAAGUCUUAAAAAUGACCUUCUGCUUCCACUGAAUACUCAGCAUCUCUACCAAUUGCAUCCCAAAUGUAUUGCAUCCCUGGUAGUGUAGGAAGUAUGCUCAUUAAGCACAUAAUGACAAAUUAAAGCAUUUCUUUUGCAUCA